GAACCUGUAAGAGAAGAGGGGGGCGGGGCUCUUCCGUUUGGAGUAGCGUAGUUCUCCAACGGACACAAGGCGAAAAGCUAGUGAGGAGGGCAUGUCUCCAGAGGAUGACCUCCGCGACCCCCUUCGCGACCUCAGCUCCAUCGGGGAGGACGUCCCCCUGAGCUGUGGGGAUCUAGUCAGCUCCCGUGAGCUGGGGAGAAGGAGCGGAGCGCGCGGCGGUCUCCACACCGGAACCCCCGUCCAUCGCCGUGGAGACUUCGCCCGUGGACAAAGCCCUUACCUGAAAACGCUGAUGGAUGCUGAGGCGGCUGCCAACUCUGCCGCCAUACAACUGGUGUCCUUCAAAGACGCGAUGGAGGAUGAAUUUGCUGAUCCAAGACGCGGUGCCAUCGAUAAGCGAAGAAUCGCAAGGCAGAGAGGACUUCUGCUGGAGAAGCUGGAGGAUUUUAGACAAAUAAAUAAGUCGGUUCGACAGAAACUGAAGCAGCUCCAAGAUGCAGAGGCCAACCGGAUUGAAUCCGACCGCCAAACGGACCUCUUGUUGGAGAAGAUCUCGCAGGCUGAGAGUGAAAACGAGCAAUUAAAACGAGACUUGCGUGAGACAGAAAGGAAAGCUGAGGAGCUCACGGCUCUGCGGAGAGAAGAGCAGGAGAACGUAAAGAGCGCUCUUCACACGACCAAGUCGGUGGAGGCGGCUCGCGCCCGCCUGCAGGGCCAGCUGCGCAUCAAGGAGUCGGAAAACAACCGUCUGACCGUGCAGCUGCGGGUUGCAGAGAGAACCCUGACCAAGCAGAAGAUGGAGAUCGAUGAUCUGAAAGGAUCCAUCGCCUCUUCGGCCGAGAAGGCCGCGCAGGACAAAGAGUCCCUGAAGAAAGCCACUCGAGCUCAGAAACAGAGAGCGGAGAGGUUUGAAGCCGCGGUUGAGAAAUGCUACGCGCAGAUAAAGGAAAAGGAUGCUCAGCUGGCCGAGGCCCGUUCAGAAAGAGACUCCAGGAGGCAAGAGGCGGAGCUGGAGACGGCGGAGAAGGACCGACUCGUGGGCCACGUCGAGCGGCUGGAGGCUCGGGUGGCCGACGCGGCGGCGAGGCUGCGGGAGGAGACGGGCGAGCUCACCGCGGCCAAUGAGACGGCGACGCGACGCGUGGAGAGACUCGCCGGAGAAAAGGCCGAGCUCGACGCCCAGAAUGCAACACUGGAGGCUUCUGUGUCUCGGCUGCAGCAGCGACUGGCCGGCUGCGAGUCGGCUCUCGCAGAAGCAACGUGCACGUCUGAGGAGAGGAAGCAUCAGCUGGAACAGGGCCAGCUGCAGGUGGAGGAGCUCCAAGCUGAGUUCCACGAUCUGAGGCUCAAACAUGCAAAUCUCCUAAAAGAGACGGAGAGGACGCGAGCUGGAAAAGACGCGGACGUCGAGAAGGUGAGGCAGGAGCUGCAGGGCCGCGUGGACGAGCUGGAGUCUCACCCCGAGUCGCUGAGCGCGUCCGAGCGGAGUCUCUUCGAGUGCCGGGAGAACCUGCGACGCUCGGAGAGGAAGUGCUCGGAGAAGUCCGCGUCCGUUAGGCGACUGCAGGUCCAGAUGGAGGGUCAGGCGGACGUGCUGACGUCAUCGGUGGAGAUGCGAGAGUCCGUUCGCGGCGCCAAUUUACAACUCGGCGAGAAAGUGGCGUCCCUCCAAAAGAGCGUGGACGCGCUGCAGCAGGAGAACCUGGAGCAGGUGCGGAGGCUCGCGGGUCAAGAGGAAGAUCUGAGCUGCAGCAACCGGCAGCUGGAUCAACGCUCGGCGGAGUGCCGGGCGCUCAGCCGGCAGCUGGAGGCGGCUUUAGCAGACGUCAAGCAGCAGGUCAACAAAGUAAAAGACAAGGCUGCGUCCAGAGAAGAGGUCCUUCAGACCAGAAUCCUGGAGCUGGGAGCCGAGAAGAGCAGAAGGGACAACGAGCUGCGAGUCCUCCAGCGGAGCAAGCUCACCGCAGAGAAACAGUUCGGGGUGCGUCUGAAGGAGCUGCAGCUCAGCCUCGACCAAUCAGAGAGCCACAAGCGAAGCAUCCAGAACUACGUGGACUUCCUCAAGAACUCGUACGAGACCAUGUUCGACGAGGGGCCGCAGGCGUCCGGUUUGGGAUCGUCGUAUUUUCUAAAAUGACGAAAGGAUUCAUAUCUGUUUGCAUUUUAGCAAUUUAUUUAUUUUUAUUUUGUGUGCAUAAUAUUUAUAUGGUGUAUUAAAAUGUAAUCAGUCGAAAUCUG